AUGUAUCACACCAUGCAGCCUAGAAAAGUUCUAAGGCUUGAAAACAAGAAGAAAUCUGAUGCUUCUUCUAGUCUUCGGAAGUCGUUUCGAAAGCAAUGUAAAACGUUCUCCUGUUACGAUGAUGAGUUCAAUCAAAAGAUUCUAUUGAGGGUUGAUGAUAAGGUCGUUCAUUUGGUAUUCCAUGAGACAGAUUUGCGUAUGCAACGAGAUAUUCCUCACCGAGAUUCAGACGCCUUCCUUCUUGUGUAUUCAUUGGAGGACCGCCGGUCUUUGUCAACUGCUGCCAACAUAUUGCGACUAAUGCGGAAUAAAUACAAAGCACCUCUCCGAUUUUCCUUGUUGCCAAUAAGACUGAUCUUGUCGGGAAAGUGUCCAUUUCAAAAGAUGAUGAUUAACGUCAUUGGAUCACCAAAGGUUGGAAAAACAUCACUUAUACAAAGAUUAAAACGUAGACAAUGGAAUCCUGACUUCCCAGCAUGCGGAGAUGAUGUGUGCAAACAGAAAGUCCAAGUGAGGGUUGACGAUAAGGUGGUUCGUUUGGUAUUCCAUGAGACAGAUUUGCGUAUGCAGCGAGAUAUUCCUCACCAAGAUUCAGACGCCUUCCUUCUUGUGUAUUCGUUGGAGGAUCGCCGGACUUUGUCAACUGCUGCCAAAAUAUUGCGACAAAUGCGGAAUAAAUACAAAGUAACCUCUCCGAUAUUUCUUAUCGCCAAUAAGUUGGAUCUUGUCGGCAAAGUGUCCAUUUCAAAAGAUGAUGGUAAACUUUUAGAAAAGGAAUUCAAGUGUAAAUACAUGGAAACCUCACUUUUGCAUCAAACUGAUUUCCACGAACUGUUUCUCGACAUCAUUAGAAAUAUUUUAGUCAAAGAUGAAUUCUACUAUGAUGAAGAAUCUAUCUUUGAGCUGGACUCUUUACCUGCAAACAAAAAGAAAAUCAAAGGACCAAUGUUCAGAUUUCUAUCUAGCAUAUUCAAGUGCUGUUCAAAAUAA